AUGUCGCACUACAACUAUGACAUUGAUGACACUAUUGUGGAUGAAGAGCUCGUUUCGGUUGUAUUUCAAGUGACAGAAAAUGGGGUUGGACUUCUAGAUCCUGGAUCAGGUACUAAUAGUGUUGAACAAGGUGCGAAGAUUCAUGUGCUCUUCUGGUUUGCUCAGGAACUGUAUUUGAGAGAAGUAGCCUCUAUUAAUUUUCCUAUUCGUUUCAAUCAAAAGACAAGGAAGUCAGUCCAGGCUGAUCCUGCAUGCAUGGAUCUCAGAAGUCGGUGCCCAUAUUUUUAUGAGUUAGGAUACAAGAUUGCGCCCAAGAUUGAUGAUAAGGAGCUUGGGACCUUCAUCUCACUAACAUUUAAUGGGAGGUACAAGGAAGUCUUGAGCAAAUCUCAUGGGGCUGCAUUUGCAGCUGUUCCAAAGUUCCUGCCUCUUCUCACCAAAGAAGAAAGCAAUUUGAGUGAAAUUUCCAUUGUAUACAAAGCAGCUCGAAAUUCAAUGAUAGCAUUCAAGGAGUGGAGAUUAGGGGCAUCAAGAUUGGAGAGGGUGCUUGAAAGGAAGAGGAAGCCAAUAAUUGGUCAGAUGCAUGGCCCAACCCCAUGAAUUGUAUUCUCUCUAUAUGCUUUCUAUUCAAGCAUGUGAGAAUUGAGAAGUUAUCCGUACUCUUGGUUGUACUGUUGAUGCUUGAGGCUUGGCAUGUAAUCAUAAACCCUAGCUCAACUGUUUAAUUUUGAGAUGUGAUGGUAUUGUACUUUUUGAAGUCUAUUUAAAGCCUUAUAUUG